GUCAGUCGGCAAGUUGAUGCUUGGUGCGUGUCGAGUGAUGUGUCAAAAUUUGUCGGUUUGUUUUUUUAAUUUAUUGAGUGUUUCUCAAUCAAUUCCUUUAUGGUGACUUAGGGUCCUAAUAGAAGGAAUUAUCCUUCUUAUCUAGUUUAUUUUAAGGUUGUGAAGUGUUGUUUUAGUGCUGCAGUUUGUUAGUGAAUUUUGAUAUUCUUUUUGAGGAAUUCUUGGAAAUAUGGCGGAUUCUAGUUACUAUCAGGGGGAAUACAUCCGGCACCCUGUAUUGUACGAGUUGAGCCACAAAUACGGGUUGCAGACAGAGUCAGUGCCAGAAGCGGCUCUGCCACACAAGCUUGAAGAGCUCAAGGAACACAUUCGUCGCGAGAUACGCAAAGAACUCAAGAUCAAGGAGGGGGCAGAGAAGUUGCGCGAGGUUGCCACUGAUCGCAAGUCACUCUCGGAUGUUGCACACAUAGUAAAAAAGUCCAACUCGAAACUGGGAGAGCUGCAUGCUGAACUACAGGAGUUGGAGUCACAGAUCAUUCUAACACAGGGACAGAGUGCAAUCCCUUCGCCCCAUACUCCACCCAACUCCAACAACGGCCAUGAUGGGUACAUGUCGCCGGUGGUGGCUGCCGCGCCUCCAAACUCUGGGUUCGCCAACGAUCUGAGACUCGUCUCCCUCGAGAAGCAACUCAACAUCGAGCUCAAGGUGAAGCAGGGUGCGGAGAACAUGAUUCAGAGUCUGACCAGUGGACACUCAAGAGACAAGAAGUUGCUGGCCGAGGCACAGCAGAUGCUGGGAGACUCUAGGGCCAAGAUAGAGUACUUGCGCAUGCGAAUACUCAAGGUGAAGCAGAGCCGACAGCAGAAGUCCCAGGACCACUCAUCUAAUGGAGACCUCUCAAAUAAAGAUAAGUUUGAGAGCAACCUGGAACCUCCACUGGAGGACAGGGUGGAGGAGCUGCGACACAGGCUGCGGAUAGAGGCAGCAGUAGUCGAGGGUGCCAAGAAUGUCAUUAGAUUGCUCCAGAGCUCCAAGGUCGCGGACAAGAAAGCUCUACAAGAGGCCCAGGCCAGUCUUUCAGAAUCGUCAAGAAAGCUGGAUCUGCUACGAUGUUCACUGGAACUGCGGAGACAGGAGCUCCCUCCUGACUCUGCAGCUGCGGCACAGCUCAAACGGGAGCUACAGAGUGUGCAGGCUGCCAGCCCUGUGCCCUACACCACCACUUACACGAGUCUGCAACCGUUUCGAGACACGGCCAAACCCCUUAACAGCUCCCCCAGCAGCCUGAGUCGUUGUGCCGCUGUCACCGGCAAGCUGGAAGUCAGGCUUAUGGGAUGUCAGGACCUGCUGGAGGAUGUGCCGGGUCGCUCUCGCAGGGAGAAGGACAACUCGAGUAGUCCUGGAGGUGACCUCAAAUCCUUCGUGAAGGGAGUGACUGGCCGUAGCUCCAGCAAGAGUUAUAGUGUCAAGGACGAGACUAGCAAUGAGAUAAUGGCAGUGAUCAAACUGGAUAACCAGACAGUAGCCCAGACCAGCUGGCGCCCCUGUUCCCAACAGGCCUGGGAUCAGAGGUUCUCGAUAGAACUGGACAAGUCACGAGAGUUAGAAAUUGGUGUAUUCUGGCGUGACUGGCGCUCUCUCUGCGCUGUCAAGUUCCUGCGACUGGAAGAGUUCAUAGAUGACAUUCGCCAUGGCAUGGCCCUGCAGCUGGAGCCCCAAGGGUUACUCUUUGCUGAGAUAAAGUUCUUGAACCCAAUGAUCUCACGGAAACCAAAACUACAACGGCAACGCAAGAUAUUCAAGCAGCAGGUGAAGAACUUCCCUCGAGCUAAGCAGAUGAAUAUCAAUGUGGCAACUUGGGGACGGCUGCUGAAACGAUCCUCGCCAUCCAUCCAACAUGGCCGUGCCCACUCGGAGAGCCCCCCUUCUGUUGGGAGUGAGGUGGAGGAGAAGACAGAAGCUCCUGGUGAGGCACCAGAACCUGGGGUGGCAGGGCUAAGUGGGGCUAGACCGUUGGGACUAGGGGUGGCAGUGCUGCCCCCACUCCCUCCUGAUAGUCAGCCCUUCCUACCCUCUGCUGUAGCUAAGAAGCGGCCCCCCACCCUGCCGACAGUGCCCCCACCACCACCUCCACCGCCACCUAGACUGGACCAGGAGCUGCAGAGUGCCUUGCGGGAGUUUGACUUUCUGCAGGAGGAGGAGAGAGAGCGGAGUCGUGCCUCUCAGCCCCCUCCUCCCCUCCCCCCCACGCCCUCGCCACAACCCUCUCCACUUAUUGAGUUUCCCCAGGAAGAGCCAGAGUUCCCGCGUGCACCGGUACGCACUCUCGAGUAUCGGGACUCAGCAUACGAGUCACGCAGACACUCUCAGUUCUCCGGCAUGUCCAUGGACAACUUCCGUUUGCUCAGUGUGCUUGGAAGAGGACAUUUUGGAAAGGUGAUUUUGUCACAGUACCGAAACACUGGAGAGUACUUUGCCAUCAAGGCACUCAAAAAGGGAGAUAUUAUCGCACGUGAUGAGGUGGAGUCACUCUUGUCAGAGAAGCGGAUAUUCGAGGUGGCCAACACUAUGCGGCACCCCUUCCUUGUUAACCUGUUCGCAUGCUUCCAAACUGAUGCACACGUAUGUUUUGUAAUGGAGUACGCUGCAGGAGGAGAUCUGAUGAUGCACAUCCACGCUGACGUUUUCACAGAGCCUCGUGCAGUCUUCUACGCUGCAUGUGUUGUUCUCGGUCUGCAGUACUUACAUGAGAGCAAGAUUAUCUACAGAGACCUGAAGCUAGACAAUUUGCUGCUGGAUACAGAAGGCUAUGUGAAAAUCGCGGACUUUGGUCUGUGCAAGGAAGGCAUGGGCUUUGGUGACCGCACGGGUACAUUCUGUGGCACCCCGGAGUUUCUGGCGCCCGAGGUGUUGACCGAAACGUCCUACACACGAGCUGUGGACUGGUGGGGCCUCGGUGUGCUCAUCUUCGAGAUGCUUGUCGGAGAGUCCCCGUUCCCUGGAGAUGAUGAGGAAGAAGUGUUUGACUCUAUUGUCAACGAUGAAGUCCGUUACCCGAGAUUCCUCUCUCUUGAAGCUAUUGCCAUCAUGCGAAGACUGCUGCGUAAGAACCCAGAACGAAGACUGGGCUCAAGCGAACGUGAUGCGGAAGAUGUCAAGAAGCAGGCAUUCUUCCGCAACAUUCCAUGGGAAGAUCUGCUGUUGAGACGGUUCAAACCUCCCUUCGUGCCAACUGUGCACUCUGUAGAGGAUGUGAGUAACUUUGACGAGGAGUUCACAUCAGAGCUGCCGCAGUUGACACCACCCAAGGACCCACGGCCUCUCACUGACGAGGAGCAGACGUUGUUCCGGGACUUCACGUACAUGGCCGAUUGGUGCUGACCUGAGCCUUACUGUGUUCUUGACGUGGUAAAAUCAACAUGAUGAUGUGGGAAGUCUAGACUAUAAUGUAUUAUGAUACCUACUGCUUAACCACAGAAAUGUUAAAUAAAGAUGAUGAUUGGUAACUGAAUCUAAUAUUUGCAUGUGAAAUUCAGUAAAAAAAAAUCUAUUUUUUAUAAUUUGGAAAAUACCUAACUAUAUGUGGCUCUACAAAUUGAGAAUUUAAAUUUAAAAUAUGCAAUUGUUGUUGGAAAUGUUUUGUAAAAACUAUGUAAGGAUUUCAAUGAUGUUUGCACUCAGUGUGAAGAACAACUAUUUAGAUUUAAUAUACUUUAAAAUAAAUUGAACCUUAAACUAUUCCUGACAAGACAAUUGUGUAUUUAGUGACAAAGAAAGCUAAUUGUAACUCAACAAACUUGUAAUAUUGUUGAAAGUGAGGAAUUGGUUUUUAACUUAUUAUUUCCAAGACAGUGGAAUCUUUAUCAUCACAAUACAGCUCCAGCAUUUUGUUAAAAAUGCAAGAUAAUAAUUUUCAAGUUGUUAACAAUGAUAAAGACGAAAGACCAAAUCAAAUCCGAGGUCAUUAUAUUUAUUUAGCUUCUGUGAUGGAUUAGCAUAAAGUUCACAUAUUGACAGAAAUAUCUAAUUCAAGGUAGACUUAGGCAGUUAAAAGAUUUAUACGAAACAGAAAUUUUAUAAAAAUAAUUUAAAAUGAAUGUAAAAAACAAUUUUAAACUAUUCAUUUCUUAGUGAGAAGAUGUAAAUUAAUUAUACAUGCAACAUUGUUGAUUAGGUAUGUGCAAUUAAAUCUGUUUGACAAGUUUUAAUAGGGAAUGAAAUAAGAUAAUUUAAAAAUAUGUAUUUAAAUUACUAAUUUUAAACUUUGCACAGACAAUUCUUAGUGUUUAAAACAUAAUUUUAUAUUUUUCAAACAAUAUUUUUAUAUUUUUCAAACAAUAUUUUUAUAACCUUUUAGCCUAUCAAAUCAAACAUGAAAUUCAAAUUGUACAAGUUUUAUAAAAUACUGUAUAUUUGCUUCUUUUACAAGGUGAAAGAAUCAUUUCUUAACAAUAAAACUUCACUUUGCCAAGAGUUUCUGUAUUAAAGUCCUUAGAUCGAAUUAAGAGAUUCCACUGGACUUAAUCCUACUUCAAUUCUAAUAAUAAUUCCUGGAAUAAUAUCUACAUCAGUUUAAAUGUGUUAAUGCUGCAACAAUUAUAUAAUCAUUUAAUGAAUUGCGCAUAUAGAUUUUAGUGUAUUUUAAUAUUGUUACACCAUUUUUAAUGAAGUUAAAAUGAAUUUAAUUGGUUGUUAAUCAUCAAAGUAUUAACAAAUUUGAUGUAUGUACAGGUGUAAAUAUCGUGUAUAUAUGCGACAUACGCUAGCGCAGCCAUACACAAAUCGUGCCUUUAGCUUCAUUAUCAGGAGUCAUGUUAUAUCAUCACACCUUUAUUGUUCAUUAAUUGAUUUAUUAUUGUGUUUAUUUUAGCACUAGGUUAAGAUUAUGUAUUUAAGUAUUAAUAUGAACCAAAAUUGGUAUUAUUAUACUAAGUUGUGUUAGUUAUUGUAAAAAGGGGACGUGAAGGAAUUAGACUUUAUGAUGUAAUUUAUCAAGAAAUAAUCAAUAUUAAUAUCGCAGCUUAUUAUUCAAUAUAUAAUAUAAUAGUGUUUGAUUAUUUAUUAGCUUCAGUUAAGGCCAUACAGAACAGCAUGAUGGUUUUUAGUUUAUAGUAGUUAAUAUUUCCAGUUAAAUAUUGUUAUUAAAUAAUUGUAUAUUUUAUUUUGUACUCUAUAUGACUAACUCUGUUGAAAUAUAACUGUUAAUAAUGAAGUAAGUCUGUAAAUUACUUACUGAAAUUUGAAAUGAUAUUUUAAUUAUUAUUUUUUUGUUAAUUUAUGUGAAUAUUGAAAAGUAAUAUGCGCAUAUUAUGCUUUAGCUAGCUGUAAUUUGUCUAAUUUAAUAUUGAUUGUAAUAAUGGGUCCGUGUUUUUACCAGUUUUUCUGCAACGUUUAAACUUAUUUACAAGUAAAAGUCUUUUAUGAUGAGAAUUACAAGAAGUAAUAGUUAAAUUAAAUUUAUUACAUCUUAGCAGCUUAUAGCGCUUUAAAACAGUGAUUUUUCUAUUAUUUUUAUUUCCAUAAUUAGACAAAGAAUUCAUAGAAAAAUCAAAAUAUUCAGACACAUAAUUGUCUUCAUCACAAUAUUUAACCCAUUAGUAUUUCAAUAUGACUGCAUAAUAUUUUGGUUAUUUCUACUACUUCAGAAUAUAUUAUUAGAAAGACCUAUUAUGAUUAACAAACUUUUCUAGUUCGUCAGUAUUGUAGGAGAUAAUUCCAGGUUAGGACUGUAGUGAGGGACAAUUUCAAAAAUAUAAUAAAGAAGGUGGUCAUGUGAUUAAUACAAUGGUGGAAACCAGUGAUGAAACAAUUAGUUUAUUUUGCAUUUAUAUACAUUUUUUAAGCUUAUUUAGUAACUCCGGCACUAUACAGCAAAUUAUAAAAACUAAAAUGCUAUUUUUGUGUUCUUAUGUUCUUGUUUUUAUCAACAACAGACAGUUUCUUUUUAUUAGUGUUUAAAAUUAAAUUUUCCCCUAUACCGAGAAUGAGCCAAUAAUCUCCUAACAUUUUCAAAUGCCAGAAAUAAUUGUUAGUACUUUUUAGUACUGGAAGGUCUGUUAUGAACCCACAAUUUUACAUAAUAUUGUGCAAAAUAAAGAUGGGAGGCUUGAAACACCAAUAUGUUAUAAAAGUGCAUAAACAUGCAUUAAGAAAGGUCUUCCACAAGAGUAAUAAAUUACAGUAAAUAAAAUAAUUUUGUGAUAAAUUUAUGCAUAACCUAAUUAUUAUAAUGUUUAAUAUUGAAGAAAAACUGAAAUAAUAUUGUUAACAUUGAUAUUACAUAACAGUUAGUUAUAUCUUUCAGAAUGUUUUACAACCAUUUUAGAGACACUAAUUUUUUAUUUUAUAGUGUUUUAAUAUUAAUAUUGAUUUUUAAAUUAAACAUGAUAAAAUAAUAAAUGUAAACUGCUUAACCAUUUGACAUGGUUUGAAUUUAUAUGGUCUUAAAACUUCAUUCUGUGGUUUGACGUGUAUAUCUUACGACCAAUUCUUGAACUAUUCCAACUAAAUAUCCACAAUGAACAUUGUGCAUAAAACAAGGUAAAUAUGAUCAUAUUAUUUUUCAAUCUGGUUGUUUUAUUUUGCUGGAUAUAAUCAAUAGUGUUAACAGUGUUCUGUCAGCUGAUUGCAGUUGUGGCGGCGUGAGUAAACGCAAUGGUGGUAUUGCUCAUUUUAUACCAUUAUAUUUACGGUUGUAAAAUUAAUUUUCCUCUAUAAAAGUGUUUUAAUGUUGUAUUCUGGUAUCUCAAAGCUAUUGAGUUGUCAACAUGAAAGUUCAGAAUAGUGAAGUCGGCCAGUGGAUAAACAAAGACUCUGUGUUGUCUGGCUAGUUAAUAAAUCUAUACAUACAACAUUAAUUAAAUAACAAAAUAAUUAUAUUAGAUUUCCGGUAAGUUCUAUUAUGAGUAUUAAGAGUGAAAAAUCAUGAAGGUCUUACCAAAUCAGCUAAUAUUGAGGCUUUACUGAACCUUUGUGUAUUUGUACCAGCUUUGUUACCAUAUGUCCUGCUGUAACGGUCGCCACAUACGCUACAACUAUGCCAAAUGUUUAACAACUGAAAAAAUAUUUUAUUUGCCUAUAGUCCAAGCAAGGGAAAAAGAUUUUCUUCUGUGCUUUUUGUAAAAAACUGAACUAAUUAUUAAUUAACAUGUUCACUGCCUAGAUAUAUCAGUGUGCUAGGUUCAUUAGGAAUAAUCAAGAUCACUCAGUAUAGACUUGCAGUAAGAGAGUUAAAUUUAUAAAUUAUUUGUGUUUGUAUGGGUAUAUUACAUCAUGCAAUUUUAACAUAUAUUUCCCCCUAAAUUACCUUACCCAUCUGGAUAAGAUGAAAUAAUUGUGAUAGCCUAUAAUGUGAAAAAAGAGGAAAUGCCUGUGGAAUAAGGAAGCCGUAAAAGUUCAUCUGUUGUUUUCAAUUUAGUAUUCCCAUAAAAAUACCAACAUUAUAAAACCAUUAUGACUUUUCAGGCUUUCUGUAGUUUCUAAAUCAUGUAUGGUUAAAAUAGAAUGAUGACCAUAUCUUGGAUUGUGCUUCCAUAAUAAACCAACUUUGCCCUUUCAGUAUUACCUUUGGCAGCUGAUACGAUUUGUGAUAUUUUUCCUGUAAUUGCUCUUUGUGGUUGUUUCCUAUAAUAUUUGCAUAAUCACAAUAUAACUGUACAAUAAAAUAUAUAAUUUAUUGUGUAUUUUUUAUCAAAUGGAAUGAAAAAUGUUGUGAUUAAGACGAUGGCAUUAUAAAUAUAUACAUUUUUGUAUAAUUUUGCCAGGUUAAUUAUUAAGUUGUUUCUAAGCAUCACAAACAACAUAUAUGCAUGCAUAAAUUCAUGUUAGUUUUUGUAUUGUUUAUUUAAGUAAAGAAGUGUAGUUUUGGCGUGAAAAUCUUGAAAUGCAUUUGAUUUGUUAAAUCUGGAUCAUUAAAAAAGAAGAAGCUGGUUUUGUUUCGCUGCUAUGGUUUAUUUUGAUAGUACAAGAGCUUUCUGAUUUUUCCAAAUAUUGGUUGAAACUAAAUUAAAACAAAAAUGAAUAAGCAUUUAGGUCUUAUGUACAUGAGAUUAACAUGACUCAAGAGAGUGAAAUGUAGAUGCUCUGCACCUAUAGAAUAGUAAUAGAGCUAAUGAACUGUUCUUAAUGAAAUAAACAAAAACUUUAAAAAAAACCUAUAGUAAUUUUGGAAAUCAAUAUUAUGGUUUAACAUACAAUUUCAUUGAGAUAAAUAUUUUUGGACAUUGCAAAGCCAUUUUGCUCAUUAUUGAAAUUUUUGCAACAUCUGCAAUAAUGUAUUUGUCAACUAAUUGUGUAUAUUUAACAUAUAGUUUCCAAGUAAUUUAUGCAUAUACCCUGCAGUUUUGUCUCAGAUCAGCAGUUCCUGCAUUCUGAAAAAUAACCAUAAUAAUGGACAUUUGGUGGUUGUGUCAUAAGAUUAUUAUUAUUUUAAAUAGUUCGCUACGUUAGCUAUGGAUGGCUGCCUUUCUAGUACUGAGGUAUUAAGAAUUUGAUUCAGUCAAAAUUCUUUUUAUUUAUCCUAGUACUUAAAAAAAUAUAAUUGAUUAAAAAUGUAUUAAAACUACUGUAAUUUAACUAUGCUGAAGUAAAAUAAAAAGGAACAUUUUCAGAAUAAUGCUAAAACUACUUAUAAAAACACGCCCAUUGCCAAUUCUAUUAAAUGUUGCUUUAAAUUUUAUUUUAUUAUUUAACAUUAUUUUCUUUUUAAGUUAUCUUGCUUGUUUUUGAAAAAUUAUUUUCAACAUGUUUAUUUAGUUUUAAAUUAUAUUUUUAUAGUGAAAAUUGCCUUUUCUCUAGUAUUCUAUGAAUGCCAUAAGCUCUUUUCCUUAUAUUCUUGACACCUCGAAAAGAACAGAUUCAAAACAUGCAAACUAUAACCUUUUAAAAUAUUAAACUUUAAAAUACUGCUCACAAAAUCUUGUACAUUAAGUUUAAGAAUAGCUCAAAUGUCACCAAUUUUCAUAUUCCAGUAUUCGGAUCCUAAACUUGUUUUGUGUUAUCUAUGCCUAUGAAUAUGUUAGGAUGUAUUGGCCAGGAACCUAUUUUUUUUAUACAUUUUGGUAUAUUUGUUUAUUUGUAAAAAGAUUAUUUAAAUCAUAAACCUUGUUGUAUCUUUGCUGAUAUUCUGAAGUUAAGAGUCAUCAGCAUACACAUAUUUAAAUUUUCUAGUGCAACAUAACUAGUGAUUGGGAUAGAGAGCUCUAAGGUACAAUUAAAAAGUAAGGGGGUUAUGCACACCAUAAAGAAUCCGUAGCAAAUCCGCCUUGGCUUUUGUAAUUUUGUUUCGACUUUAUAUAUGUUUAACUUCUGUAAGUUGACUUCUCUUACAAAGAUAUGACUCAAAUCACUUAUGCAAAACUCCUCUUAUUCCAAUGAUAUGCAACCUAUUGAAUAAAAUAGGAUGAUGGAAACUAUAAAAAAUGUUAGAUUGUCCAUACAAAUCCUACUACUUAUUCCCCUGUAUCAAUGUAUUAUAUUACUAGUUCUAAGAAUGAAAUUGCUGCAAACCAAUUUAUUUACUUUAUUCUCAGAGAGUUAAACUAAAUAAAUAUUGAGAGGGUUUGGACUACUUUAUCAUAAAACCAUUUUCUUAAAAAAAGAUGUUGGUAUUAAAAUUAACUCUACAACAAAAUUAUAACCAUAAUUUUUCAAUAUAAUUGUAAUAUGUUGGACCAGCUUGCUGAUGAUGAAGGUUGAUUUUCUACCCAUGUCUUGUGUAUAUAUGAGGAGCUGAAUUAAGUUCCGGCAUUGUUGAGUUUUUAUGGCAGUUAUCAACAAAUCAUAAUAUUGUUGAAUUAUUUUGUGGAUUCUCUUGGAAUAAUAAAAUGAAAACCAAGUGUCAUUAGCAUUUAUUUGCAUGUUAAUAGAGAUAUAAUUAUUUUGAUAAAAGCUUUAUUUUACUGUGAAAUGUUAAGCUUCAAGUGUUUAUUACAGAAUAUUUAACAUAGUGUAGUAGAACGUUUGAUAAUGUUUUCUUUUUUAAAGGUUUAAUUGACAUAGGAAUAACUAAUUAAUUUUUAUUAGUUUUAGUGGAAGAUCUUAUAUAUACAUAGUAUAUUUCUAUACAUAUUGCUUGUGUACGAUAUGUAUAAAAUGAUGUACAGUUUUGGUCUGUGACGAUUGCCUUAGCUAAUCUAACCAAUAAGAUGCUCAGUAUUUUAUGAACCUUUUGUAGAACCAUCAGACAAAAUAAAAAAUUUUGGCUAUCAUACAUUUUAUUACUGUACCAUUUAAAACAUGUUUAAUAACUUUUAUGUAAACCUUUGUUUUAUCUCCAAUACUAAUUGCAAACAAAGCAUGCUUAAAUUAUUCCUAAUGUUCUACAUUUUUACAAAUUACAAUACAAUUUACCAAUGUUUUAAAACCUUUAAAAUGUAUUGAUGUAAAAGUAAAAAAAAAAACAUUUAAUUAAUAACUAAGAAGAAACAAAAUUUUGGUAUAAAACAAAGGUUGAAAUAUAAAUUGUUAGUCAUAUAAUUUGUACGAUCAUACACAAACCUACAGAAAUGAGUGUAGAAAAAGAGGUCUAUGAAUAUUUCAUCUAAUAUAUUUCAUUCCAAUUUUGAAACAGGAACAGUAUAAUAGUGUUUGGAUUUAACAAUGUCAGUUCUUAAAUUUGUUAUCAACUGAUAAGGAAUUUAUAUAAAAUUCUAAAAAUUCUGGCAUUAAAUGCUUUAACACAAUUAAUGGACUGACAAUUACAGUUUAUUACUUUCAGAUCCCCUAAUAUUCACUCAUUUCUGAUGAGUUUGGCUCACUGUACCAUGUAAUUGCUCAUCAUUAUAAAAUGCCAAAUUAUUAUAUAAAACAACUUUGAGAGUGAUGUACUUGUGUAGACUAGUGACACAAGCGUGUCAAGGCAGCUCAUUGGCCUGUUUGUUACUAAUCAUUAUUAUUACUGUUACAUUCAAUAGAAAUAAAUCACAUUUUUAGUC